CACCUAAAGUAAUUGGGAUUUUGCUGGGUACUUUAACAAGCUUUGACAAUUUGCUGUCAGUCAUUAGGAGCGUAAUUCUAAUCUGUAUCCUGUUUUUCAGAAAUCUGAUCUAGAUGAUCUUAUUAAAUCUAAAAUGGUGACGGUGAUGUCAGUAGUGGGGCAUUGUAGAAACCACAGCUUGUUGGUCCUGCAGUUUGAAAUACAGCCCUAAUUAGGUCAGGGUGACAAGAACAGAUUUAGCUAAAUAGGGAAAUAUAGGACCACUCAAGAGCAUAGUGUCUUUUACAAGACCCCAAAGGAGCAAUGUUCACAACAGCAUUCAUUUCAGGACUGAAACAUUUUAGACAAGAAGAAUGGGAAGUAAGUGGGAACAUGUACGGGCCCAAGUCAAGGCUCUUAAAGCUUUAACAAGUUACACCAGUCAGGAAGCGAAAGAUAUUUUGCAGAAGUUCUGUCAAUUCUAUUUUAACCACAGUACGGAUAAGGAACGGGAAAAUAUUGCAGACCUGUUAGCUAAAGAAGGUGCAGCAGAACUGCUUUCAAACAUCAUAAUUGGCUUCAGCAAUGAUGGAUUUUUCAAAUCAAAUGCUGUCUGGUUCCCAGCAUACUAUGCACUCAAUACUGUGUGGAACUUUACAGAUGCAAGUCUGAAUUUUGGCAAAGCUGUUGGUAAUACUGAGCUUAUUAAAUACCUGAUAGGAAUUCUGAAUCAUGAACCAUACAGAGAGAAGCAAGACCAAAAGAAUGUUUAUUAUCUGCUAAAAGCUUCACUGGGUAUACUCCACAAUGUUGCAAAAGUACCUGAGAACAGAUCACAGUUUCGGCAGAAUAAUGGAGUUAAUAGUAUCUCCCUUUACACAAAGAAUGAAGAUGAGUUGCUCAAAGUUGUAUCCAUUCUGGUCCUGGGAUACAUUAUUGAUGAGAAUGAAUCUGAACUUAUAAUGGAUGAGUCAGGUGCAAUAGAAAUUUUAGUCAAGCUUUUACAAGGUGCUUUGGCUGCAGAGAAUGGACGCUGCCAUGGCUAUCGAGCAGAUGAGAUUGCAGAAGGCUUGGCCCUCAUUGCCACAUGUGAAAAGAACAAGACAGAGAUAUAUGAAGCAGAAGCAGUUCCUGAACUGAUGCAAAUGAUGGAAUCAGGGAGCAACUCAGACAAAAUCUGUGCUUUAAAGGUCAUCUGGCAACUUGCAUUUGAUGAAAGUAUCAGGUCUGAGCUUAUUGAAGAUGAAAACUUGAUGGCACUGAUUGAAAAAUUAUCAAAAAGUAAGAAUCAAGAAAUAGCAAACACAGCUCAAGGAGCAAGAUGGGUUAUUGAGAAAAGAGCAGAACAAAAGGUUAAUAACAAACCAGAAACAGAAUCAAAAACAGCAGGCCAUGUGAUGAUCAGCUACAACUGGGACAACCAGAAGACAAUGAUAAAUGUCAAAAACAAGCUACAGAGUGCAGGGUUCAAAAUCUGGAUGGAUGUCGAAGACAUGGCUGGAUCUACCUUACAGGCUAUGGCUGAAGCUGUGGAACAAGCCACUGUUGUUGUUAUUGGCAUCUCAGCAAAGUACAAGGAAAGUCCGAACUGUAGGACAGAAGCAGAGUAUAGUUUCCAGCUCCAAAAGAAAAUUUUGCCUCUUAUGAUGGAAAAGAAUUAUAAACCUGAUGGAUGGCUAGGAGCAAUUCUUGGCGCAAAGCUAUGGAUUGACUUUACAAGCAAACAAAGUUUUGAGGACAGUAUAAACCACCUGAUUAAAGAGCUUGGGAGUGUCAUAAAGCCAGCUCAAGCUGGAAGUGAUGGACCAAUAACAGCUUCAACACAUGUCCCUCUGAGUAGCAAAAUAAGUAAAUCUGUGGUACAGCAGUGGACGAAAGAGGAGGUCAAGAACUGGCUAAUGGAAAAUAAACUUGAAGCUGUUGUUAAUAUCUUUGCUGACUAUGAUGGGCAGUUGCUUUGCAGCUUACAUCAUCUACGAACUGAGGCACCAGAUUUUUUCUUUAACUGCCUUAAAAGGGAGAUGGGUUUUAACUCAAUGACUGAUAUCUUACACUUCAUCUAUGCAAUGGAAAAACUGAGUCUUUAGCCUGAGGAAGAUGUAUCGUUUUACAGUCUGAUUUGAGAGUUUUUCUAUUAAUAAUAUAUGACAAAGACUUAUAGGUUAUUAUGACACAAUGAAGUUAAACCUCAAGAAGACUAAUGUGUAAUAUCCAAGUGCAUGUUGUGUCAUAUUUAUGUAAGUUCCUGCUGAUAUGAAAAAAAAUAAAUAUUUCUCAUUAAAUAAUAGCAAAACCAGACUCAUGCAAGCAAAAUUAUGAUUGUGAACAUAAUUUGUGCAUUCCUAUUGCAGCUUGUGAAUUCUGAUUCAUAUUAUUUCUCUUUUGUAUAGUUAGAAUAAAAGUCAUUUGGCAUGAA